AUGGGGGUGCGCGGGCUGAGCUCGUACGUAACGGGAUGCCAGAGGGCGUGCUCUGAGCAUGUGGACCUCAACUACGGUGGUUCCGAUCGGGACACACCUUCAGCAUCAGAUCAGCGUGAUGACCCCGUGAGCCUCGCCGUGGACGGGCUGGCCUUGGUCUACCACAUCAUGCAAAACGCCGGGGCUCAUGAUCUUUGCCUGGAACUGGGGUGCGACUACCGAUCCCUUCAUGAUGCACUGCUGGGCUACCUAUCGGCCCUCACCAACGCCGGGGUUUCGCUGUUGGUAGUCGUAGACGGCAUGCAGGACUGCGAGAAGGAAGCCACCACCCUGGAGAGGCGUCGCUCGCAGGCAGCAGACGCUUCCGAAGCGAUGGUACUCAUGCAGCCUGGGGGCGAAGGGACCGAUGCCGCCUUUCUCCAGCAGCACUGCUCCUCGCUACUGCCGCUUUUCGCUGUGGAAACGCUUAUGGCAGCGUGCAUCUCCGCCGGGGUCUCGAUAAGGUCGGCUGAUAGAGAAGCAGAUCCCGAGCUUGCUGCAGCUUGUCAGGGCAAUACCAGGAGUGUGGAUGGUGGACGAGGGCAGCAUCGAUGCCCGGAGUUAGACGACGCCGGGGGAGGCGUUGGCGUGAAGGGAGGGUGCGACGCGGUGCUGUCGAACGAUAGCGAUUUCUUGGUGAUGGAUAUCCCCGGCUAUAUCCCUUUCUGGUCGCUAGGAGUGGGAGCCGACGGGUCAGCGGGCGCGCUCGUCUUUCGUCGGACCCUGGUGGCAGCGAGGCUGGGGAUACCGGCUGAUUGGAUGCCCGACCUGGCGUGCCUCGUGGGGAACGACUGGAUACAGCCAGAGAAUCACGUCCACAGGAUUAUCAUGCAAUCGGCGGCCACCAGCGGCGGGAGCAACAACGGCCACGAGAGAAAACGGAAAGGGGCGGCGGCACACAACGCGGGAGCAUUAGCGUCAUCAUCAGCUCCGUGGAGAAGGGGCUGCAACGGCAACGGUAUCAGCAGCAGCAACGGCCUAACCGUCUCCGCGUCAGCCAAGCAUCUCGUCGAAGCGACCGCCCGGUACCUCUCCGAAUUCCUCCGCCACACCCAAGUCCCUCGGGAUCGAUGCGGCGCAAAUGAUGCCGUUUCGCCCAGCCAAGUUGGUCCGGCAACGCACGGUGAUGACAGAGGCCACCUUCUCGCGGGUGAAGCGGACCAAUCGAUGACCCGCGAGCUUUGCGCCCGCUUUUUCCCAGCCCUGACGGCCGGCCGAAACGGUGGUGAGUCUGGCGCCGAGGGGGCACACGGACAGGACCAAGCGUCACCUCAAACCGGCUUGGCUGGGACGUCGUCCACCAAGAGCGCCGGCCACCGUGCCCCCAAGCAACAGCGCGCUAGUAGGGCAAGAAAGGGCAAGGGGCACAAGAACAAACGGCCUAGCGGCAACGACCGCGUCGGCGGCAGCACUACCGGUUGUGGAAGCCGGGGUGGACAGCGGGACGCCGGGAUUGGCGAGGAAGACGCCGCUCGGGAGGAGAUGGACGCUGUGGGGGAGGAAGAGGACGGGGAAUCGUUUCUGCGGGGGUUUCUUGCGGCCCGGCUGCACUACGAGGUCCCACCUUUUCGUGCCGCGGGCGAAGACCAGGCGGAAGACGAGACGCUAUCGCCCCCUUUAUCGACCACAGGUUUCGCGGCGACGGUUUCGGGGAGGGGGUUGGUGCUGUCGAGGGUGGGGCUGCGCGCAGGGAUCUGGGCCCCGCCGGAAAUCGCGCAGGCUGUUUUGGAAGGCGUUUUCUGGUGCAGGAUGAUGCUAGAGGACAGCGUCGCCCUCGAGAACGCCGUCGACGAACCCGCCGCUGACUCCACAGAGCCGACGCGCCCAACCGGUACUGAUGCCACCCCGUCGGGCACGCCAGCAUCCCACUCGUCCGCUUUCGCGAGCUUUUCCGGCGUCCGCAAGGGCAUUUAUGAGGUUUACCUGGCACAGUUGGUCGGUGUUUGGACUGCAGGCUGUUUUUCCUCGGCCGCAACUCAAGACGACCAUUCUCGAGAUCGUUCCAUGGUUGUGGCCACGCAAGGGUUUCUGAACAAUUCCGCGGGAAAUUCAGCGCAAAGCGCCGUUCUAGGCUUCCGGGAGCGUUGCGCCGCAUUCGACUCCGGAGGCUCCGCGGUGCCGAGAAGAGAACCACAAACGGCAGCAGCGUCAUUGCCAGAAGCAUCCACAGCGUCAACACAAGCCCCAGCACCAGCAUCACCACCAGCACCUGCGCCGACACCAUCACCACCACCGCAAGCGGUAGCGGCAGCAGCAGUAGAACCGCUGGGGAGCCGCCAGGUUGUAGCCGGUGGUAGCGACAAGCAGCACCAGGGUGGAGACAAGCCGCGGCGGUUCAACGAGAACGACGCUUUGGGGCCACGGGCAGCGGCGGUGGCAGGACGGCGGCGGCAUGACCUCCCUCCCGGUCGCGUGACAAGGGAGGGUGAUGAGUUUGUGGUUCGUGAGUUCCGCCGGGUGGGGACGGGCGUGAAGGCCUUCAGGGUCGUCUGCAAAGUUCCCGCCUCGCUGCGGCUGUCCGCUAGCACGAGCCUGCCGAUGCGGUGGACCCUGUGUCUCUCCACGCUAGGCCUCGCUCGGCGAGAUAACCGGCUUCUCACCGCACUCAUGGACUCGGAGGUGCACGGGAGGCCGAGAACGGCGAGCGGCAGCGGUAAAAACUACAGCAGAACUGACUCGGACGGAACAGAAGUUAGCCAAGGGAGCAACCGUGCUGGUCGUCCUCCGAUCCGGUUGACCGCCGUAGCUCUUGUAGCGGCUCUACUACUCUCCGGCAACACCUCCACGCUAACUUCGUCUGGACGAGGAGAGGAGACAAGCGCGACGGCGAAAGCCUCUUUAUCUCUCGGGAGUUGGCGGCGAGCAAUCGGUGUCUCUUCUGACGGCAAUGGCGUGAGAGGUGGCCGAGAAGGGUCGCUGUGCUGUGCCGUGCCGUACCAUGUGGAUGACGUCUUCUGCCACUGCAAGGUGGUCGAGAUCGGGGAUUGGGUUCCGUGGGAAUUCCAGUGCGAAGACGAGGAGGUACUGUCGAAAAGCGAGGAACUCCAAGAGAUUGUGCCGUCCCCCCCCCGCGGGGGGAAAUAUGGAGGGCUUAAGGGAGAACAGAAGCCCCCGAAUGCGGAACCCAAAAGGCCAGAAGUGGGAAAAAACAAUAACAUCGGCGGCGGACAUGGCGAGGAGAAGACGUCGGGAGAGAAACCUCGCCAGAUUUAUCGUAAGAUCCGCCUGAGAACGUCGGUUUCCUCUCCGUUCGGGACUUCCCACAACGACGCUCUUCAAGGCCACACGUUGAGCGAGAGCGAGGACGAGGUGACCUACACGGAGACCGAUUGCAUCUCCAAGCUGCCCAUGUUCCGCGGCAACCUGGUCGUCAAGACCACCUUCCGAGUAACUCGAUCCGAGGACGACCCCGAAAACUCCGUCCGAGUUAAGGUGACCGUUGUUGUGCGAGACGUGAAGCUUAUCCGAGGGAUGGGCUGGCUGAUGUCGAAGGCCGUCCAGAAGUCCGUCAGGGACGGCGGCAAGAAGCAAGCUGCGAACACCAUGAACGCAAUGGUGUUGGAAGCCAAGCCUGACCGUGAACUCGGUGGUAGUGGAAGCCAAGCCUGA